AUGGUGAAAUUAAUUAUUUUUUUUCUUAUGAUACCAAUGGCAAGGUGCCCUUUGCCAGGAUCAUUUUUUUGGAGGCCAAGACUAGGAGUUGAUUUGGCGAUCCCUACAACACAUAAGACAAAGACAAGGAUUGGGCAACCAUCGGUGGCAGAAAUUAAAGCUGGUACGGUCGUUUUGAUCAACGGAUACCAAGUGGGGGUGACGGUGAUAGCCCUAGCCGCGGGCUGGAACGCUCGGCAUGUCUUUCCUCACCUUAACCCCUUCUCAUCAUGGUUUUACACCACUGCGUACAGAUGGGGUCUGAGACAUUUGAGCCUGAUACCAGAAUGGCUAAACGGAAAUAAGUACACUUACAUCGAUACCCAUAGGGCUUGGAGAAAACGCUUUUAUUAUAUGGACAGUUUCGUACCACAGUGGUUACGAUGGUUGCUGCCUCAUGUGAGGGACUGGAAAGUCGAGGACCGCCAAUGGAGACGAUACCAUCGAUACGCUGAACCUGCCUUCGCCAAACACAUGCACUACCCUGGCGAAGUGUUCGACGACUGGAAAUCCGAAGAAACGACGGAGACUAUCGAAAACCUGGACAUGUCAGACUUCUCGCUUGAUGAUAAUACAACUGAUUAUUAA